AUGCGACGCAAAUAUAUUCAAACACCCGGCAGUUUGACUGAUACACGUAAUAUGCCACCAACAACCGGCAAUUUAACUAAUCCACAUUUGCGUUUUUCACAUGCUCCACAACCCGGCACUGUGACUCAUAUACAUUUAUCACCAACACCUACUAAUACACAUCAUAUAAACUUAUCACCUACCCCA